AUGGAACCAUUUACCGAGUCUGUUUGGGUCGAAGUCCUCACCAGCAAACAGAUUGCUCGUCGCUGGCGCGAGUGCAAUCCUCAGUCCUCAAAACAAUACACACAGACUUCCGAUGAGGAAGCUUGGAGAGAAAAUAUUAUUAACCUGCUUUCAAACGGACAUUCGAUGGGAGGAAUGCUGGAAAUGAGUCUAGAGGAAGUAAAAUCAAAUUACUCAUCGGUCGGAAAACUCGGCCAGACAGCGAGGCGGGCGACUUCUAAUCAUAUUAGGACCGCUUUGUCAAAACCACGCGUUGCGACUGCAAUCAGACGAAUGACCGCAUUGUUUAACUUUAUACCAGAUCUAAGCACGUUCAAUCACAUUUUUACUCUGUAUUCUGAAAAUGCUUACUUGAUCUUUUCCACAGAGCCUAUCACCUCAAUUGCUGACAAGCCUUUGCUUAAGAUAGAGAACACUUUUGUCUCUCAAGCUCAAACGCCAAACUCUCAACCACCACCUCCCCCUCCAAGACAACAAGAACAUUAUAACACACCCCAACCAGAAAAAUCUAGUCCUAAGAAAAUCACACCCGAAAGAGAGCCCAGGGUAGAUAAUAAAGUUAAAGUUAUCGAAUCAGCUUCAGAAACGGAGUCUGAUAGCGAGCCGGCGGAGACCACAAAAACAAGUUUGACUUCCAAUCUUGCAGGACCGUCAAGGACAUCAGCGAGAAGUCCAUCGCCUGGUUCACCGAAAGACCCAACUCCUCCACAAUCCGAACCCAUUCGUAAAAGCAGAAGUCGAUCAAGCUUAGAAGCCGAGGUACCCCCUCCUCGCCCCGUAAAGAAGACCAAGCCUACUUUGCAGUCUUCAAGCGGUGAGGACAGUGACCAGGAUGUCAAAAAGUCGAGGAGCAGCUCGGCCGUAGCAUCAGGAGCCAGAAGAGGUACCCGACAACCGAUUAAACGCGGUGGCAAGAAAUUCUAA